CCUCAUUGUCUACCAAGCAACCAAGUGCAUCACCAACAACCACAACCCAAACAUUCCAUCCUAGCUAUUUUCUAAGAUCAUUUCGUCCAAACCAAUCAGAAAUGUCUCUAUUUACGACCGCUCCCACCGCCAGCAGCUUCGCCCCCCUCUUUAGCCUGCUGGACGAAUACGACAACCACCUUUCCUCCAAAACCCGAGGCCACCACACCUCUGUACGCUCCUUCUCGCCCCGCUUUGAUGUUCGCGAGACAGACGAUGCCUACCACCUCGACGGCGAGCUCCCGGGCGCCGCGCAGAAGGACGUCGACAUCGAAUUCACCGAACCCCAGACUAUAGUCAUCAAAGGCCGCGUUGAGCGCCACUAUCACCCUGCCAACACCGACACCACUGGAAAACAACCUCAGGUUGAGGAUGAAACAGAAGGCGCAAUCAACGACAUCGCUAAAGCGGGCGAAAAGCAAGUGACCAAAUCCGUGUCAGGUGAAAAGCCGCGCUACUGGGUGAGCGAGCGCUCUGUUGGCGAGUUCCAGCGUACCUUUAGCUUCCCGUCUCGCAUUGAUCAGGACCGCGUACGCGCGAAUCUAAGGGAUGGCAUUCUCUCGGUUGUUGUGCCGAAGGCAGCACCUCCGACCGCGAGGAAGAUCACUAUUCAAUAAGCGGUUGCAACAAGCACUGAUGCCGAUUGAGCCUUUUCGGUUCCGAUCAAGCUGAUGAAUGGAUUACCAAUGAGGUCAUGAUUUGUUUUGUUAGCAUGAGCGAGGGCAUGGGCAUGGGCUUUUGCGGAGCUUUAUAAUUAUUGAGCCUUUUUUC